GAAGAGUACCUGCAGCAAACAAACUCAUACAUAACAAAAUCAAAGCAAAAAGAAGUUAAAAAGCAAUUAAAUUAAAUCGAAAUGCCCGCCCUCCUCGAAGACCCCAGCACCAAAAACCCCCCUCCAUCUUCAGCCCUGCAAUCUGCCCCCCUCCUGCAACCCCGCCAUGCCACCCUCAAAGACGGUAACCCCGUCACUCUCUACCCCAUCGCUCACGGAUCCCAGAGUAUCCCCCAGGACCUGGUGAAGCUGCUGCAUGGCGAAUUCAGCGCCGAGAUCGAGUCUGGGUCCACGUAUCCCAUGGAGGAGCCGAUGAGUCUGGACAAGUUUGCUGAUUACUGGUUUGGGACGUUUGCGGUUGUGGCGCUGUUGGGGGAGGAAGAGGAGAUUCGGGAAGGGAGGAAGUGGGAGGAGGAUUGUUUGGGGACGUUUUAUAUCAAGCCGAAUUAUCCUGGUCGCUGCUCGCAUAUUUGCAAUGCGGGCUUCUUCACUACUCCUGCUGCUAGGAAUCGGGGUGUUGGAAUUGUGAUGGGAGAGACUUAUCUGGAUUUUGCUCCUAAAUUGGGAUACAAAUCGUCCGUGUUCAACCUGGUUUUUGAAAACAACGUCGCCUCGAUCAAGAUCUGGGAGAAGCUUGGCUUCAAAACCAUCGGACGAGUGCCUGAGUGUGGGCGUUUGGCUAACAGCGACAAAUUGGUCGAUGCCCUUAUCAUUGGGAGGAAGUUUGAUUCAUGAUCGUACAUAUAUGAUAAACCAGAAUAACUCCUGUAAAUGAAUGGAUAUAAUUGUCUACAGCCCAGAAAAUACAUGAUGACAAUGAUACAAAUGACAAGAAUACAUUGAACGCUCAAAAUGCGAGUGGGGAAUCACACGAAAUGGUUAGUCCCUCGAAGAAUCUGAAUAGAUGACACGCCACAAGCACCGGGCUAUCUGCAAAUGCAUCGGAGGGA